UGAUGUCUACAGUCUUUUGUUUUCCCCACAACUGGAUUAAUUGACUGUACACUGGAUUUUGAGUUUACUGGUUCUGACAGUAGGUCAGAUCUCACUAACAAUCUUGGAUGAUGCAAAAGCAUUUGGAGCAAGAUGAUCUCACAACCGAAACGCCUUUGGAUGAAGGGCGAACAGAUGACCAAGCCGCUGGUGCUCUGGUGGAGGAGACAGUACAAGGCCUGGGGGCUAGACCUCGAAAACUUCCUGUUGCCAAGGCUGGAACAACGGCUGGAGAUUGGCUCAAGAAGGGACCAUGGCAGGACAUGCCGGUCUGGGUGGACAAAGACCUCUGGUUCCAAGCGGAGGGCCCCACCAGUGCCAAAGAGCGACGCUGCACCAGGAGAGUUUCUGAUUGGGACGUUGGGGUCACUGGACCUUUGGAACCAAACCUCCAGAAGGGGAAGGACAAUGUGACUCAAAUUCAACAGCUGCAGGCAGAGCUACGCUCAGUACAAGUCACUAUGAACGAAUGGAUGAGUGGAGGUGGAGGGGGGCAGGCAGCCCAUCGUGAUGUCAGGGCCGCCAGACUGACACCGGAGCCUGCUCCACAGCCACACGGGCCGCCUCAACCUCCAGCGGUAGCAGCAGUUGGGGCAGUGCCCCCACAGGGUCCCAUGAACCCACCAGGCCUGCCCCCCAGACCUCUAGACCCGGCAGCCCGAAACCUGAAGGUGAAGUUCGACGGGAGAGCGAGCCAACUGCCUUAUUUCCUUGUCCAGGUGGCUUGCCACAUGACCGAGUGGGGACACACUUUCCCCAGUGAGAAAGCUAAGGUGAGAUUUGUGGCCUCUCAUCUGGAAGGCAAGGCCGCGGACUGGUUGGUGCAACUGUACAACGCGGGAGGCCUGGAACUACAGGACCUACAGACUUUCAUGGUGGGGCUACGAAGCCGGUUGGAGGACCGUUUCCGCGCAGAGAGAGCCCGCAUCCGUUUGACGGCUUUGGAACAAGGGAGCCGCUCGGUGUAUGAUUAUGCAGAUGAAUUCCGCAGCUUGGAGGUGCAAGUCCUGGACUUGCCUGAAGCAUUUAAGGUGCAUUAUUUUAAACAGGGAUUACGUUUGGACCUCCUGACAUGGGCCCUCUCGAUAGACAACCCUCCCACUGUGAUAGAGUGGAUCAGACUGGCGGCGAAAGGGGAGAUGAUCAAAGAGAAGGUCAGGCUGAUGAAGCAGCGCAACAGUGGCACCUCCAAAGCUGCAAACAAGAAACCGGGUGCCACCAGUAGCCGGCCCAAAGAAGCAACCACCUGUGACCCUGAGAGAGAACGACGCAUGAGACUGGGGCUCUGCUUCGCGUGUGGCAAAAAGGGCCACCUGAUCGCCGACUGCCCAGAGAAAGAGAUCAACCCGCGUGGGACCACAACCAAAAAGACCUCCAUGCCACAGAGGUGGUAUCUGAAAAACAUAACCAGGAGGCAAGCAGAGCAGCUCCUAAAGAAAGAGGGCAAAGAUGGUGGCUUCAUUGUCCGAGAUUCCACCAGCAAGACAGGAAAAUACACUGUCUCUGUGUUUGCCAAAUCAUCUGGGGAGCCUCAGGGGACCAUUCGCCAUUAUGUUGUUUGCUCCACACCUCAAAACCAGUAUUUCCUGGCAGAAAAGCACCUCUUCAACACCAUCCCAGAGCUCAUCAACUAUCACCAACACAACUCAGCAGGGCUGAUAUCCAGAUUGAAGUACUCUGUGUCAUCACAUCAAAAAACUGCUCCUUCCACAGCAGGACUUGGCUAUGGGGCAUGGGAGAUUGAUCCAAAGGACCUGACGUUCCUGAAGGAGCUUGGGACAGGGCAGUUUGGAGUGGUGAAGCACGGGAAAUGGAAAGGCCGGCACGAUGUGGCAGUCAAAAUGAUCAAGGAAGGCUCCAUGUCAGAAGAGGCCUUUAUUGAUGAAGCUAAAGUCAUGAUGAACCUCUCUCAUGAAAAGCUUGUGCAGUUGUUUGGGGUCUGCACCAAGGAGAGACCUAUCCUAAUUGUUACAGAAUACCUGUCCAAAGGUUGCCUCUGGAACUACCUGCGAGACAGUCGCCGGUCCUUCCAAGCCACUGAGCUUCUAGAGAUGUGUAAGGAUGUCUGUGAGGCCAUGGAGUACUUGGAAUCCAAACAGUUCCUCCAUAGGGACCUGGCUGCUCGCAACUGUUUGGUCAAUGAACAAGGUGUUGUCAAAGUCUCUGAUUUUGGUCUCUCCAGGUAUGUCUUGGAUGAUGAUUAUAUUAGCUCCAUGGGAUCCAAGUUUCCAGUGCGGUGGUCCCCUCCAGAAGUUCUUCUAUACAGCAAGUUCAGUAGCAAAUCAGAUGUCUGGGCUUUUGGUGUUCUGAUGUGGGAGGUUUACAGCUUGGGCAAGAUGCCCUACGAACGGUUUAGCAACAGUGAGACAACUGAACACGUGACCAAAGGUCUACGUCUCUAUCGGCCUCAGCUGGCUUCUGAGAGAGUCUACUCCAUCAUGUAUAGCUGCUGGCAUGAAAAACCAGAGGAGCGCCCUACUUUCCAAGCUCUCCUAGGACUCAUUGUGGACUUAGCAAAUGAAGAUCCCUGAACUGACCUCAGUAUCCACUUGCUCCUUUACUGCUGUUUAUCUUUGCUAUGGUUGCUGGUAAAUUUCUGAAAGGACACAGGAUGGCUGAAUCUGCAAGAAUCCCGUUGUGGCAGACAUUAAAAUCCAGAUCCAUUAAAAACACUCUUAUUUCACUUCAAUGUAAUUAGCGGCUCCUAUGUGAAAUUGCCAAAGAACAGCUAUCAUAUGACAGCAAAUGCUAGUAAGGUAUCUCUCUACCUCACAAAGGAGAUACAGUAUCAAAGAGUAUGGACCUCUUCUUCUAACCUGAAAUGGCGCAAUGGAAUUUGAACAAUAUUUCAAGGUUGUAAGAAUCUAGAAAUUCAUUGUACAAUUACAGAAUAAAAAUUACAAGAAGCAA